UUCGACCAAAUUCAAAGAAAAAGGCAAGGGAGCCUUUGACUGUCUCCGUAGGCUUUGAGCUCUAAUCCUUGAAAAAGAGCAAAAGAGAGAUGAAGAUGUGGAGCCUUUGGUGAAAAUGGAUACACCACAUAAAACCCAGAUCACUCCGACUCCUACUUCUUCUCUUUCCAAAUUUGAGGAUUCACCUGUCUUUAAGUACAUUGAUAGCCUUUCUCCUAUUGAGCAAGCCAAGUCCAGUCAGACUGAUAAUUGUUUCAAUUCAUUAGCUUUUUUGUCCCCUUCAUCUUUGUUUCCUUCCCCACAAAUCAAUUGCCAUAGGGAAUCUAGGUUUUCAGUUAAAAGGCAUCAUUUCUCGGCAGACUUAAACACUAGGGUCCUCCAGAGCAGUAAUGAAUCUAAUGCAGGUCAGGAAGCUUCAAAAGCUGUUGAGCAAUCUGGCUUGUACGAUGAGCAUCCAGGAUGUCUCAGUAAUGACAGUUCAUCCAAAGGAAUUAGCAGUGAUCUGUUUGACAAGCAAUCAGAUUUAGCAGUUGAGUUGCCAGGAACCUCAAAAUAUGAUUGUAGGAGUCCUGAAGAUAACUUGGAGGCUUGUGAUGCAUUACUGAAAAAAACAAGUCUGGAAGUGGUGGAACAAGAGAGAUCUCCUUUCCAACGCAGUAGGGAUGAAUGGAAAGAGCGGCAACGGUCAUUUGAAAAUGAAAGAGAUUUGCGUAAAAUACGUCGGAUUAAGCCGAGCGAAGCAGCAGCAGGAUGUGGCUGGGUGGCAGUUGUUUCUGAUGUUGCUGAUAUGUUGACAGUGAAUACAUCUAUCAUUCACGAGAAUAGUGAUGGACAGGAUCAGAGAACGGUAGACUCUGGGACAACCUCUUUUAUAUCAAAUAUCCCAGAGUUUUCGCUUGAUAAUGCAAAUAAUUUAGAAAAUGCAGAAUCCGGUGAUCAUCAAGGUUCUUGCAAACAAAAUGAAUUGGAAGAGUCAGUAACAGAUCAGACAUCUUGCAUCCUGUCUACUUGUCUACCGGACAAACCAGUAGUUACUGAUUCAAGUUUGAAGAAGGAUGAUAAGGGGGAGAAAUGCAGCCAGUUGAGUCGCCAGCGUAGCAUAAGACGGCGUUGUUUGGUGUUUGAGAAGUCACCUGGUUUCGGUUUGCACUUGAAUUCUCUUCCAAACAUCUUGAAAGGCCAGAAUCCCCCUAAUAAAUCAAUUUUAAGCUCUAUGAAAAUGGGUGAGGUUCCUAGUGACAAUGGAACUGCAGUUGCAGAAAAUUCUUCUGAGGCUCCUGCAUCUGUUGGUGGCGCUGAUGCUGACCACAAUACUCCUGAAAAGAAGAGGCAAAAGUUUGAACUUGUCGAGGAGAGUGCCUCAUGCAAGCGCUGUAACUGUAAGAGAUCAAAAUGCUUGAAACUUUACUGCGACUGCUUUGCUGCUGGUCUCUACUGUAUUGAGCCUUGUUCAUGCUUAGAUUGCUUCAAUAAACCGAUUCAUGAAAAGAUGGUUUUAGAGACUCGUAAACAGAUUGAAUCUCGCAAUCCACAAGCAUUUGCUCCCAAAGUGAUUAGAAGCACAGACAGUGUUUUGGAUUCCUGGGGUGAAAAUAACAAAACUCCAGCUUCUGCCAGGCAUAAAAGAGGAUGCAAUUGUAGAAAGUCAAGUUGCUUAAAGAAGUACUGUGAAUGUUUUCAGGCUGGUGUUGGAUGCUCUCCCAGUUGUAGAUGUGAAGGUUGUAAAAAUAGUUUUGGUCGGAAGGAUGGAUGUGAUGAAUCUGGAUCUGAUGGGGAGGGCUUAGAGGCCUGUGAAAAGAAUGCAUCAGAUAAAAACUCCCACGACAUUGUAACCCAUAAAAACGCUGAGGAGCAUCAAGAUCUUCCAGUAGCAUCUAAUAUUUCCAGGCUGCCGUUAGCUUAUAGUGGGAAGUUCACUGGAUCUUUUCCUCAUUCUAUCAGGUCAUCUUCUCAGUUGUGCAACACCCCAGAACAUGGCUCAUCAGAAUCUUCCUUGUGUCAAUCCAAGUUCAAUUCAAAUCUUCAGGCAAUUCCAGAAGAUGAAACUCCUAAGGUUCUGAAACAUAAAUGCUUACCACUUGUUCCGAAAACAAACUCCCCUCCCAACUCUAAGAGAGUUUCACCACCGCAUCACGAGUGCAGUUCAUCUACUGCACAACGUAGUAGGAAGUUGAUACUGAAAUCUAUACCUUCAUUUCCAUCAUUCUGUCCACCAUGAAAGCUGUGACUUUCCUGAAGAACGCCUGUAAAAGCUAUAUUCUUCAUGGUGCUUCUUGUUCUCCAGCAAUGGGAUUGAGGCAUUUCCUUUCCAUCUAUCGUAACAAUGUAGUUCCAUAAUCAGUAGUGCUGCUUAUGACUGUUUAUAAAGCAAUAUUCCCUGUAUUUACCUCGUUUCCAUAACUUGUAGGCUUGUAGCUGAACCAUCUCAAGAAUUUUAUUGUUCCGAGUGUAUAAUACUUGCAAUGUAAUGUUGUUGAAAUUUCAUCCAAAAAAUUUGAUAACAAGGGAUCAAAUUAAGCCAGGAA